UUUUACAUUGUCACGCACGGAUCACGUGAAAGAUUAAAGGCAGACGAUUUUCACGCUUACCUCGUCCGUGGCCGGCGAUGACCACUAAUUUAUCGCCGUGGUCUUUCAUUUCCUCGGUUCCCCCGCGGUCGCUCCGAAUCGUCGAUCUGAUAUCCGAGCACUCCCACUUUUGCUGUCUCCACUCUCAACUUCCAACAAGAACAACUUCUCUUUCCGAUCCCUUUCCUCCCAGGACGGUAUUCAGUGGUCAUGACAAAAAGAGGAAAAAGAUGGUGCUUUGCACUUCCACAGAUAAUGGUCCGAGGAAGAGAUGCCUGUUGGGAGCACUGUGUCCUUGUUGAUGCAACAAGACAGAAGGUUAGAUGUAAUUAUUGUCAUCGGGAGUUCAGUGGGGGGGUUUACAGGAUGAAGUUUCAUUUAGCUCAAAUUAAAAACAAAGACAUAGUUUCCUGUACCGAAGUCCCAAAUGAUGUACGGGAUCAGAUACAAAGUAUAUUGAGCACCCCCAAGAAACAGAAAACUCCCAAGAAAACAAAGGUGGAUCUAGCAGCCAAUGGUCAACAAAAUAGCUCUUCUGCUAGUGGUGACUUUCAUCCUAACCAUGGUUCUAGUGGACAGCAUGGAAGCACCUGUCCUUUGUUAUUUCCACGCCCUUCACCAAGUGAACAACCAGCAGUGGAUGAUGAACAAAAGCAAAAGCAGGAUGAUGCUGAUAAAAAGGUUGCUGUAUUUUUCUUUCAUAAUUCUGUUCCUUUUAGUGCUGCUAAAUCCAUGUACUAUCAGGAAAUGGUGGAUGCUAUAGCUGAGUGUGGGGUGGGCUAUAAAGCCCCAAGUUAUGAAAAGUUGAGGUCUACUCUCAUGGAAAAGGUGAAAUGUGAUGUAAAUGAUUGUUGCAAGAAACUUAGAGAUGGGUGGAGAGCAACAGGUUGCACAAUCUUGUGUGAUUGCUGGUCUGAUGGUAGGACCAAAUCACUUGUGGUAUUUUCAGUAACAUGCCCAAAAGGGACGCUAUUUCUUAAGUCAGUUGAUAUAUCAGGGCAUGCAGAUGAUGCACACUACUUGUAUGAAUUGCUUGAGUCAGUUGUUUUGGAGGUUGGUCUGGAAAAUGUUGUUCAAGUAAUAACUGACAGUGCUGCUAGCUAUGUUUAUGCAGGAAGGCUUCUGAUGGCCAAGUACACAACAUUGUUCUGGUCUCCUUGUGCUUCAUUUUGUAUUGACAAGAUGUUGGAAGAUAUCAGUAAGCAAGAGUGGGUGAGUACAGUCUUGGAGGAGGCAAAGACCAUCACACAUUACAUAUAUAGUCAUGCAUGGAUUUUGAAUAUGAUGAGAAAGUUCACUGGUGGAAGAGAGUUGAUCCGCCCAAGAAUUACUAGAUUUGUGACCAAUUUCCUCUCUUUGAGGUCCAUUGUGGUUCAGGAAGACAAUCUGAAACUCAUGUUCUCUCAUAUGGACUGGAUGUCAUCUGUUUACAGUAGACGUCCUGAUGCACAGAAUGUGAAGUCCUUGUUGUAUUUGGAGAGAUUUUGGAAGUCUGCACAUGAGGCUGUGAGCGUGUCUGAACCACUCGUUAAGGUUCUAAGGAUUGUAGAUGGGGACAUGCCUGCUAUGGGAUAUAUAUAUGAGGGAAUAGAGAGGGCAAAGAUUGCAAUCAAAGGAUAUUAUAACAGUAUUGAAGAGAAAUAUAUGCCGAUUUGGGAUAUAAUUGAUAGAAGAUGGAAUGUGCAGCUUCACUCGCCAUUGCAUGCAGCAGCAGCUUUCCUUAAUCCAUCCAUUUUUUACGGCCCAAACUUUAAGGUUGAUUUGAGGAUGCGGAAUGGGUUUCAAGAAGCCAUGAGGAAGAUGGCCACUGAAGAUAGAGAUAAAAUAGAAAUCACUAAAGAACAUCCUAUAUAUAUAAAUGCACAAGGUGCUCUUGGUACUGAGUUUGCAAUCAUGGGAAGGACAUUGAAUGCUGCAGGUGAUUGGUGGGCAGGAUAUGGCUAUGAAAUCCCAACACUGCAGAGGGCUGCAAUCCGGAUAUUGAGCCAACCUUGCAGUUCUCAUUGGUGCGGGUGGAACUGGAGCUCCUUUGAGGCCCUGCAUACCAAGAAACGCAACAGAAUGGAGCUGGAGAAACUCAAUGAUUUGGUUCUGGUGCAUUGCAAUCUCCAUUUACAAGCCAUUAUUCAGAGUAGGGAUGGAAAAUGUAAACCUAUUAUUUUUGAUGAAAUAGAUGUUGGUUCUGAAUGGCCCACUGAAAUGGAAUCUCCAUCCCCUCUCUUGGAUGAUUCAUGGUUGGACAAUCUACCCCUUGAAUGCAAAGGUAGUCCUUGAUCUAUUGAAUAAAACAAAAAAGAAAAAAAAAGGAAAAAGAAAUUAAAUUCAAUCAUUUAAUG